GUGAGCCGGGCGGUUGCGUCUUUCUUCAGUGCAAGAAGCGGUGGUGACAGAGGAGAGCGGAGCGUUUAUGUCCCUUCCUGGUGUCUGGUGUUCCUGUCUGGAGAUCCGUCACAGUGAUCAGUCAGGAUGGUGGUCAACGUUUGUCUUCCACAGUUUAGGCCACACAUAGCCUGCAAUAAGAUCAGUGCGGACGGCUAUGAAGUGGAAAAUCUAAUCACCGAAGACCUUGCUAAAAGGAACCGAGGGUUUCGCUGUGAAUAUUUUAUUAAGCCUCCUGUACACAUCACUUUCACUUUCCCAUUUAACAUAGACAUAUGUAGGAUAAACAUAGACACUUCCUCUGGGGGUCACCCUCCCUUCACUGGAAUGGAAAUCUUUACAGCUACUUCCACCAAUAAAAUGUGUUGGAACAGCCAGGAAUCCGGUCAGCCUGUUAUGGUUGGCCAAGGAGCGGACAAAGAACUAUUUGCUUUGGUGGGUAAAGUGCUACUGAGAAAUCAAAGCAAGGCUACGUUUAAUAACCGAAGCUUCAAGUCUAGACACCCAUUCCAUCAUACCGACAGCGUGAUGUCCUACCAUGGGUCUUCAUGCCAGGAUCUCUGGAAUAAAGGCCAGCACUCUCUUGGCAAUGUCACCCAUCUGAAAAUCUGUAUAACGCACAUAGCUGGUGGUGCUCCUUGCUCAAUAAAGAGGGUGGAGGUGUGGGGUCAGCCUUCUAAGACUUGUCCAAAAGAAGCGGUGGAGAGCGUGUACCAGGUCGCCGUUCUGAGCCUUUCCAAUAGUUUUGGACAGCCUCAACCCGCCUCUCCAAUGGAAAGUAACCACAUGUCUUACAGUAACUCAGACAACGCACAACACAGCCUAAGCGAACUUGCCAAUAUUCUCCAAGAUGUGCCGGAGGAAUUUCUGGAUCCCAUCACACUGGAAAUCAUGAGUUUCCCCAUGAUUUUGCCAUCCGGGAAAGUUGUUGACCAAAACACACUUGAUAAAUGCAACCAAAGUGAAGCAUCAUGGGGUAGAAUGCCAAGUGACCCGUUUACUGGAGUUCCAUACACUCCCCAAUCCCAGCCCCUUCCCCAUCCCUCUCUGAAAGCCAGGGUAGAUUAUUACCUCCUCCAGCACACUGUCCCCGGGUCUACUCUUUUGGGCAGGGCGAGACCAGGGGGACCAGUGACGCCUUCUGCCAUAGCCUUGUCUUCCAUGAAGAGGAAGGUGGAGUGGAUGGAGGAUUCGGCUAAUGACGGUGAUAAUGUAGACACGUUUUUCUCAGCUGUUAGUGGCCUCUGCUCUUCUUCUACAUCAGAUUUUGGUACAAAAAAAAUGAAGAUUGAAGGGGAUUGUCAAAUGUCACAGAUGGACUGCUCAAACUCAGAGUCGAUGUCACACGAACAGCGGCUUACGCAAAGCCUAGACCAGGCUCUCACCUCCGCCCUGGGCUCCAUGCCUACAUACACUGCGAAAUUUAUGAAGAAUCAACAGGGAUUUCAUAUGGAAAGUGCCAGCAGCUCGUCCUGUUCCACAGACUUCCCCACCGCACCAAAUCAAAACGGACCAGUUCAAAGCUGCGCUUCCUGUAUGAAGAUGUUUUCAACAUACUGUAGAACAGAACCUGUUUACCAGCUCUCCUGUGGCCACCUUAUGUGUCGUCCUUGCUUAGCUGAAACACAGAAGAGUUUCUCUAUUGUGUGCAAGAAUUGUAACAGGUCUGUCGCCACCCGCGAUGUGCUGCGAGUCCAUCUGUAAGUCAUACAGACUGGAGGCUUUUC